UGUAUUUAUAGCUCAGGGGGAUAAAGAAUGCCUGUCCAUCCAAUUACCAGAUUCAUAGGUUCAGUAAUCCAAUAAAGCAAUAAGUAAGCCAGCAGCUCUCUCGUGGUGUCAUUCUCUGACUGGGAGUCAGAGGCAACACAGCUCUCAGCUAAGAAGGUGAGAGAUAACUCGCAGCAGCCAAAAUGAAUGAGCGUUUUGAUUGCCACUACUGUAAAGAGUCCCUGUUUGGGAAGAAGUACAUCCUGAGGGAGGAGAACCCCUAUUGUGUCAAGUGCUAUGAGAGCCUUUACUCCAACGCCUGUGAAGAGUGCAAAAAGCCUAUUGGGUGUAAUAGUAAAGAUCUCUCCUAUAAAGACCGGCACUGGCAUGAAGACUGUUUCCACUGCUUCCAAUGCAAGCGUUCCCUUGUGGACAAGCCUUUUUCUGCUAAAGAAGACCAGCUGCUGUGCACUGAGUGCUAUUCUAAUGAGUAUUCCUCAAAAUGCCAUGAGUGCAAGAAGACAAUCAUGCCUGGUACACGUAAGAUGGAACACAAGGGCAAUAGCUGGCAUGAGACUUGCUUCACCUGUCACCGCUGUCAGCAGCCUAUAGGAACAAAGAGCUUCAUCCCAAAAGAUAACCAGAACUACUGUGUACCCUGUUAUGAGAAGCAGUUUGCUAUGCAAUGUGUGCAGUGCAAGAAGUCUAUCACUACAGGAGGAGUCACUUAUCGUGAUCAACCUUGGCACAAGGAUUGUUUCCUCUGCACCGGAUGCAAGAAGCAGCUAUCUGGCCAGCGCUUUACUUCUCGGGAUGAGUUCCCUUACUGCCUAAACUGCUUCUGCAGUCUGUAUGCCAAAAAAUGUGCAGGAUGCACAAAUCCUAUCAGUGGACUGGGAGGAAGUAAAUAUAUCUCUUUUGAGGAACGCCAAUGGCAUAAUGAUUGCUUCAAUUGCAAGAAAUGUUCAGUUUCCCUUGUGGGCCGAGGAUUCCUCACAGAAAGAGAUGACAUCCUUUGCCCUGAAUGUGGAAAAGAUAUUUGAAAGGCAUUUUCUUACUGAGAGAGGGAGGGGGUGACAACAGUGAAACAUAAAUCAUUGACAAAUGUACUACUAGUUAGACUAACAAGUGUACUUUGAAAUGCAUAUGUGCUAGAUUUUUUUAUAUUAACCCUUUAAGUCCAGAUGCUGUCAGGGUGCAUGCACUGAUUCAGGAUUUUCUGUGUGAGUUUAGUUGGUAGUUAGGAGAUGGACGUUUCAUAACCAAACAUUAUACUGAUGCAGCUCUCUUGGUUUCUUUUAAAGCAAGCUUAGAAAAAUCAAGAUGUUUUGACAGAAGUGCUUUGUGCUUUCACUUGUUCACAUAGCAUAAAGUGGAUCAUGCAAAGAAAAUAGCUAAAAAGUGUUCAUUGGUAUGAGACAAGAAACACCCAACUCCAUUUCUUUCUUUUAUUUUUUUUUUUUACAAAACUGGUUGAAAGAGUACCUCACCAGCCAUACUGCUCUUGAAGAAAUCUGUUGUGGCACACCAGAUCCAGUGAAGUAAGAUGGUUUUGGUGACCCUCUUUGUUCCGUCUUCUUUCUUCCUCCAGACCAUAUGAAACAACAGAUGCAGCAUUAAAAAUUCCAUCCUAUGAUUUUGUGUCUUUUGGCAUCCCAGACAAAUAUUUCCCUGCAACAAAACCUUGUUGAACACUUCUAUGAAGACAGAUAAAAAAAGGAAAGAAAAUUAGGCAUGUGUCUCAUAGUCAGACAGAUCUAAGAAAAAAAAAUAAUCAAUUGGUAUUACCAUUUGAUCAUUAGCCUUAUGAGUAUAGUCACAAGUCAAGUCACAUUUAUAUCUAUAUUUUUGUAUGAUUAUAUAUAUAUCCAUUAAGACAUUGUCAAACUUGUUUAAUAUACUUCUGGGUGAGACAGAUGGGAAUUUAUCUUGUUACAAGUCAGGAAGUUCAAUAAUUCCUCGAAGAGCAUAUUCAUUCAUGCACCGAUACACAUGUACACGUAUACUGGGCCAAUUUAGAGACUCCAUUUAACUUGACACAUCUUUUGGAUGUGGCCACAUACCCAGUGUGGUUGUAUACACAGUAUGUUACAUGCAUUCAUUUCACACUCAUAUGAAGCUGAACCAAUCAAUUCUAUGAAGUGUAAUGAUGAAUGUAUCACUAAAAACAUCUAGAGAAACGUCUUCCUUGGUCAAUUUCAUGAACCGGCAAUUUCUUUUACAAGGGCACAGGAAGACAAAGCCUAUGACUAGAUUAGAUGAGAAAAGAAUAAGUCCUGGAAAUGACACCAAGUCAUCAUUCAUUCUAGAUCCAUUUACAAUGGAACAAGUGCGCAGUAGACCAGACUGCAGUAAAACAGUCUUUGUGGCGACAUUGAGGGCUGAACCAGAUGAGUAGUAUUUGUAGUGAUCAAGAAACUGAUUUGGAAUUCUGGGUGAAAAGGCUUUCUAAGUCAGUAAAUAUAAUGCUCUUCACUGUGAGGCCGCAUACAGUGCACAUGAGAUAUGUUUCCUCAAAAUCGAUGGGGAGAAAAAAUAUUACAAUACAGUCCUGCUUUGGACCCAGUGCUGUCAGGAUGUUUAUCUGUCUGCUACCAUAAAAUGGUAGAAAACAAUUUGCAGUAAAUACCCAAACAAUAAAUGCUUGUAAAUAAGUCAAUAACUAAAUAAGAUAAUAUACUUCAGUUUACUUUAAUAACCAAAAACAUUAUCUUUUUAAUGAAAAUUCUUUUAGGUCAAACUUCACGGAUGGUGAUUGUUCAUGUAAAUGUGAGUAAAAAGUAACAAAAUAAUGAGAACUAUGGUUUUUAUCCAUAUUGUAAACAGUUUACUCCCCAAACUAACAAUAUAUGUUCUUUAACAGUAGGGCAAAGUGCUAAUAUAAGGAGAAAUAAAAUAUUAAAAUAAGAAAAAAGCAAUGUAGUGAGAAAUGACGUACUUUAUCUGAAUGACAAGCUACAAAGGAUGAACCGGCAUUAUGGCAGUAGGACAUUUUUCAUUUGUAUUUAACUAUAUGUAUUACUGCUUUAAUUAUUAUUAUCAAUAAAAUGAAAUGCUGUGCUACAACUAUGUUACACUA